AUGCAAAUUGCCGCAUUCAAUGCCACCAGUCUCGAUGAUGCUCUCGAUGCCAUGGAACUGGUGAAUGAAAGGUCAGAUAAGGCCAGCCGUGGCGCAGCCGCUGGAAGUAUUGAGAAGCACCCUGAGCGACGAUUCAAGGCAGCCUUUGAAGCGUACAAGGAGCGGGAAUUGCCAAAGCUGAAGGAAGAACGGCCGGGUCUACGCUUCCAGCAGUACCAAGAAGCGUUGUUCAAGAGCUUCCAAAAGUCUCGCGAGAAUCCGUUUAACCAGUUCCAUGUCAGCUACGACGCCUCGAAGGAGGAGAAAUUGGCUCUGCUCAAGGCAAAGCGCGACGCUACUGCAGCUCGUCUGGCUACAUAA